GGAGAGGCAGAGACAAGUGACUGCAGAGACAGAGGAGUGGGUGGACUGGCCCAUGGCUGAGGCCUCGCUCCCAGACCUGAGGGAACAUACCGAAGCCACUUCUUGCCCCAGUGUCCUGGAACUGGAGGAGCUCCUGAGGGCAGGGAAAAUUUCUUCUUGCAGCCGGGUGGAUGAAGUUUGGCCCAACCUUUACAUAGGAGAUGCCCAAGGUCCUGGUGCACUGUGUGGUAGGUGUGAGCCGCUCCGCCACACUGGUCCUGGCCUACCUCAUGCUACACCAGCAGAUGUCCCUGCGCCAGGCAGUGAUCACCGUGAGGCAGCACCGAUGGGUCUUCCCCAACCGAGGCUUCCUUCACCAGCUCUGCCAGCUGGACCAGAAGCUGCAGGGUGCAGGCCGGAGCUAAGGGGCCAGAGCCGAUCCUCAGUUCCUGCCAUGGGGAUCUGCCACUUUGCCACCCUGGCACUGGCCCUGCUGGUGCUGCUGGGGGCUCGGGCCCAGGUGGACACCCAGAAGAUGGUAAGAGCCCAGUGUGCGGUCCGCCCUCCGGCCUGCCACCCCAUCCGCUUCCUCCGGCUGCCUGCACUUUCCCUCAGCCACUGUCUUCAGUCCCCACAGAAACAGCAUCAAGUGUGCAGAGACAAGCGGCUGGAAGUCGGCAGCACAAAGUGCCUGUUAGAGAAGACCGCAGCCUGGGCCAGAUACCCCCACAGGAUGGACUCCCUGCAAAAGCGGGACCUCCGGAGGCCCAAGAUCCACAGGACAGGCCCAGUGUCCCCCUACCAGCCACCUACGCUGUCCUCACUGCAGCGCUUGCUGUGGGUCCGGCGGCCUGCCACACUGAGCCACAUCAAUGAGGUCUGGCCCAACCUCUUCCUGGGAGAUGCGUACGUAGCCCGGGACAAGAGCAAGCUGACCCAGCUGGGCAUCACCCAUGUUGUGAAUGUUGCUGCAGGCAAGUUUCAAGUGGACACAGGUGCCAAGUUCUAUCACGGGAUGCCCUUGGAGUACUAUGGCAUUGAGGCAGAAGACAACCCCUUCUUUGACCUCAGUGUCUACUUUCUGCCUGUUGCUCGAUACAUCCGAACUGCCCUCAGUGUUCCCCAAGGCCGCGUGCUGGUACACUGCGCCAUGGGGGUGAGCCGCUCAGCCACGGUUGUCCUGGCCUUCCUCAUGAUCUACGAGAACAUGACGCUGGUGGAGGCCAUCCAGACGGUGCAGGCCCACCGCGAUAUCUGCCCCAACUCGGGCUUCCUCCGGCAGCUCCAAGUUCUGGACAACCGACUUGGGCGGGAGACGGGGCAACUCUGACCUGGUGGACAGCCAGGAGCCCUGACCCUCUGGCCAGCGUGGCCCAGCCCAACCUGCCUGGCCCUGGGGACAGCAGCCUCUGCUGUUUCCAGUCACCUUGAGAUGUACAUAGCAAGUGGGCUUAGCUGAGGCCGAGACAGGGGGAAAUGGGUGGUAACCUUUAGCAGGUGGAUUUCCCUGACCCAAUCCAGAGAUUCGUUAUGCAACAGAGUUCAGUCUGUCUCUAUAAUAAAAGGUUGAUCGUCAUAAA